AUGGGUAACGGCGCCAAGGCUCAGCAGAAGCGUGAGCGCAAUGCGAAGGACACCAAGGCAAAGGGGUCGCAACUGAAGAGCAAUGCGAAGGCGAUGGAUAUCCAAUGCGCUAUUUGCAAGUCGACCUUCUUGAAGACUACGCGCGCUCCUCAGCUUACCGAGCACGCCGCCAACAAGCACAGCAAGGCCCUGAUCGAGUGCUUCCCAGGUUACGAAGUCGCGUAA